GUAGCCUACAGCAUGAUACUCUUACAUAAAGUUGAAGGCUACUUACUGAUGGGUUGAAAGAGGUAAAGGGCUGGGGAUGAUUAUAUUAGCAGCUGUUCCAGUUGCAGCCAUCCUCAUACUUGGCCUUUUUCAGGUUCAAAUGCCUAGUCUAGUGAGCAUGGCAAUCGUUACGAGAGGUUAGCUCAACCAUUGAUCGCACUAUUGUUACUGUGGGUUUAGUUGGGAUGUUGUUGGCGGCAGCACCCGGCCACUUCGCCCUUCCUAUCUCAUCCUGGAAGAGCUGGGGGACCCAGAGAGAAAGGCUGGAAAGGUGGAAAGGAAGGUGUUGUGAGAGUGAGAAAGCGCUUCAAUACCACUGACUUGGAGGAAGCUGUGACCCGACCCCCAUCCAUCAUUCAUCUCCCUCCUGCUCUCCCCCCUCCCCCCCUAUCAUACCUCUCCAAGUUCAUCGCUCGAAAAAUACCUAUAACCAUCCCAUCCCCCCACUCCCCCCCCUUCCCCAAACCUCUCUUACCCCUUCUUUUCUCUUUGCUUCGUGGUACCGUAUUUCUAUUUUCUCCUUCCACUCCUUCUUUUGUUUUUUUUAGAGCUUAAACCCCUUUCCUCGAUUUUUUUCUUUCUAUUUUUGUUUCUAUUUUUUCAUUUCUACCUUUUUUUUUUUUACCCAUCAUCAUCAUACCUUACAAUUUUUGGGCUUGCCUGCCCGUGGUGCGCCAUUGAAUUGCCUCGUGGCAGAGUUGCAAUACCUACUAUCUCCUCAAAUUCUCGUUACAACUCGGUGUUCAUCCUGGCCCACUUCUCUUGGAACCUCCUCCCUGCUAUCUGCCUCACCCACGACUCGCAGACUCGACGAUCUGCUAAUACUCGGCUACCUGGGUGCUUGAGUAGCCUGUUCUCUCGGCUACAAUGAUCUCGGACGAGCUAUUCGAGGAGUGUCGUCUUAUUCUACAAGACACAAACUUGCUCGAAGAGGACCAAACGGAAAAAGUAUCUGCUCUCAUUGCAUCAAAGACAGAUCUCACGGGUACCCCCUUGGAUAAUGAAACGCUAGAUGUGCUCUGGCGUUAUCGCGAAAAGACUUCUUCAACCUCUUCCCCGCCAAUUCGUCAUGCCCAUACUAUAGUUAGACGAGCGUCCCCGGCGCCAUGGCAAUUUCCACGAGUGGGCACUCCAACACCCUCAUUGGGUAGUACGCCCCCAAUGGCGCCCCCGGGGUUUUCGCCAUCCUUUAUCGGAAAAGGCUCCCCCUUUCCUUCCCCGAGGCCGAGCCCAAGGCUGGCAUACUCCUCCCCGUUGAUUCCUCAUUCACCGAACUUGAACAAUUAUGAACCUUCAUCCUCAAGUGACCCCGGAUUUCCACCGGAAGUCUACGGCGAUUUCGGGAGCGAGACAGUUGCUUGGUUGGUGGGCGAUGACAAUUCGAUGGGCUUUGGCAAUCGGAGCGCUCUCCAGGAGAAUAUGUCCCCUCAUGACAUGCUUCGGUCGGUGCUUGGUGAAGGACGCUCUGAUGAGGAGAUAGAACAGGCUCUGGAGAUGUGCGGUUAUGAUCUUAGCACAACAUUGACAAUUUCUACAGUCAUUGGAAAAUCUACGAUGCCGGUCCCGGUUCCAGCAGUCCGGCCUGUCACCCCUCGCAAUGGUGUUGUCUGCCGCUUCUUCUUGUCUACUGGGCAGUGUCUUCGUGCGGACUGCCGCUUUUCUCACGAUCUUGGGACCACGAUUUGCAAGUAUUGGCUCAUGGGCUCUUGCCUCGCGGGAGAAACUUGCAUAUUCUCCCACGAUCCGACAAUGUCUGUAUCGAAGAUGACGAUCGACAACAACAGUCGAAACUCGACUCCUCCCCCUCAGCUUCAGUUUCAUGAUUCAACCGCUUUCCCCGCGUUGACCUCUGACCAAUGGGGAGCAACGGGGCCUUCACGCGAGAGGGAGAGGAGCUCUACUCCGGUGCCUGCGGUCGAUGAUACUGAUGCCUUUCCCUCCCUGAGCAGCAGCGCUAAAGCGCCUGGGAACGGCAAGAAACGCCGUAACAACAACAGGAGUGAUAGCAGCAACAAUAUUCCUACAGGACCUUCAUCUUUGGCCGAUGUUGUCCGUGCUACACCUUCUCCAUCCCCCCAUUCUAACCGUACCUCUACCUCAUCUGGCGCAUCUUCAAAUCGUUGGUCUGGGGUUGGUGGCUCUCCGUCUUCCAAGCGGUCCUCUCGCGUCUCCGCUGCUCAUAUUCCUGCACCGCAGCAGAUACCGUGGAUGGAAACUGGUAGCGCGCUCAAUAGGGUUUAUCUGAAACACCGUAAGGAUGCGCUUACCCACGGAAUGCUCAGAGCCAAAUAUCUCCAGCAAGCCAAUUCGGCUUGGCAACGGAACGACGCAAAGUCGGCCAAAGAACAUAGUCGCAAGGCUAACAAUGAGAAUAUUGCAAUGAUGAAAGCUCACAAGGAGGCCUCGAAAGCAAUCUAUGAGGAACGUAACAAAGGUGCAUCAAGUGGUAGAGAACUCUUUGUUGAUUUGCAUGGUCUUCUCCCGGAAGAGGCAUGCAAAUAUCUCGAAGACAUCCUUGUCGAGCACCAGACAAGCACCCGCCCACUUUACGCAAUCGUAGGCACCGGCCAUCACUCUAAGAACAACAAGGAUAAGCUAGGCAAGGCUGUCAGGGCAUUUUUGGAUGAGUGGAAGUACGCAUAUAGAGACUUCUCCGUCAGCGGCGAUAGAAAUGCUCAGGGUGGUAUAUUGGGGAUUGAUCCCAGCAGUUUCGACAAGUCUCUUUUGACUGGUGAUUCUGGAGCGGCUAGCGGUAGUGGCUCCACGCUGACAAAAAAGGACCCUCCCAAGGGCCCUGGGGGCAAAAAGAAAUGA